CCCAAAACCAGAAACACAAGAGAAAGAAAUGGUGAAAAUAGGGCAUUUUCCUCUCCAAUCUUCAAAACCCUAGUAUUGUGUCUGGUACAGUCACAUUAAACCCAUCCCACUCACUUCAACACCAUGGAAACGACGACGGAUUCUCCCCCGGAAACUUCCGACCAACACCUCCAGAAUGCCACCUCAGACUCCUCCUCCCCCGACAACCACCUCUCGCCGCCGCAGCCGCCGCCCGAAACCCCCGUCUUUUCCGAACCACCAGCCACCGACCAACCCAAGAAACGACGCCGCAGGAAGAAACAGUUCCCGGAGAUGAUCUCGUCCUCCGCCGCCGCCAUUAACCGGAUCAUCCGCGCCCGCGAGAGAUCCACGGACGACGCUGUUGAGAUCGACGACGAUGCCCCGUCAAAAAACCGCCGCCGCCGCCGUCGCGCCUCCGAUCCCGACAGCGGAGUCGACACCGAGGCCCUCAUCGCGAUCUCCGUCGGGUUCCCUGUCGACUCCCUCACCGAGGAGGAGAUCGAGGCCAACGUCGUCUCCCAGAUCGGCGGCGCCGAGCAGCGCAACUACAUCGUCGUGCGGAACCACAUCCUUGCCCGCUGGCGGUCGAACGUGUCCAUGUGGAUGACGGAGAGCCACGCGCUCGAGUCGAUCCGAGCUGAGCACCGAGGGCUAGUCGACUCAGCCUACCGGUUCCUCCUCCACCACGGCUACAUCAACUUCGGCCUCGCCCCACCGAUCGUGAAAGAGAAAGCGAGCCCGCCGGAGGGCCCAUGCAAGGGUAAUAUCGUCAUUGUCGGAGCCGGUAUAGCCGGAUUAGUCGCCGCUAGGCAACUGAUAUUUUUAGGGUUCAAGGUUGUGGUUUUGGAAGGCAGAAACAGGCCAGGUGGCAGGGUUAAGACGAAGAAGAUGACAGGUGGCGGUGGAGCCGCGGCUGCCGCCGACUUAGGCGGCAGCGUUCUUACCGGAAUCAACGGCAACCCGCUCGGUGUCCUCGCAAGGCAACUAGGGUUUCCGCUUCACAAGGUGAGGGAUAUAUGCCCGUUGUAUUUACCUAGUGGGAAAACAGUGAAUUCGGAGACCGAUUCGAAAGUUGAGGUUUCGUUUAAUAAGUUGUUAGAUAGGGUUUGUAAGCUUAGGCAAGCGAUGAUGGAGGAGGUUAAGUCGGCAGAUGUUAGCUUAGGGACCGCGUUAGAAGCCUUUCGUCGUGUUUAUAAUGUCGCGGAGGAUCCCCAAGAGCGAAUGCUCUUGAAUUGGCACCUCGCGAAUUUAGAAUACGCGAAUGCUACGUUGAUGUCGAAUUUGUCGAUGGCGUUUUGGGAUCAAGAUGAUCCGUAUGAGAUGGGGGGUGAUCAUUGUUUCAUUCCCGGAGGGAACGAGAGGUUUAUUAGGGCAUUGGCGGAGGACCUACCGAUUUUUUACAACCGGAGAGUGGAGAGCGUUAGGUAUGGAGCUGAUGGUGUUUUGGUCUAUGCUAAUGGGCAAGGGUAUAGAGGAGACAUGGUUCUUUGUACAGUUCCGUUAGGUGUGCUUAAAAAAGGAUCGAUUGAGUUUGUACCGGAACUCCCACAAAGAAAGAAAGAUGCUAUUGAGAGGUUAGGGUUUGGGUUGCUAAAUAAGGUGGCUAUGUUGUUUCCUCAUGACUUUUGGGGUGGGGAGAUUGAUACGUUUGGACAUUUGACGGAAGACUCUUCUAUGAGGGGCGAAUUCUUUUUAUUUUACAGUUAUUCUUCAGUAUCGGGUGGUCCGCUUCUUGUUGCUCUUGUUGCCGGAGAGGCUGCCAUUAAAUUCGAAAAGAUGUCCCCAGUGGAAUCUGUUGAUAGGGUUUUGGAAAUAUUGAGGGGUAUAUUUAACCCGAAAGGGAUUUCUGUUCCCAAUCCACUUCAGGCGGUUUGUACCCGUUGGGGACAAGACCAAUAUGCUUAUGGGUCCUAUUCGUAUGUUGCAAUUGGUGCUGCAGGUGAUGAUUAUGAUAUACUUGCUGAAAGUAUGGGAAAUGGGAGAGUGUUUUUUGCUGGAGAAGCGACUAACAAGCAGUAUCCAGCAACGAUGCACGGAGCUUUUCUCAGUGGGAUGAGAGAGGCGGCUAAUAUAUUGAGAGUCGCCAAGCAGAGGUCAUUAGGUCCGGAAGUAAAACCAAGCAAUGUUAUUAGGGAAAGUGGCGAUGAUGUUAAAUUGUUUGAGACCCCGGACCUUAAAUUUGGUAGCUUCUCUGUCUUGUUCGAUCCUAGGUCUAAUGAUCUCGAAUCUAGUUCCUUGUUACAAGUUGCAUUCAAAGGUGAGAAACUGGAUUCAGGUUGUUUGUAUCUUUAUGGAUUGAUUCAAAGGAAGCAGGUUGUCGAACUCAGUCAGGUGGAUGGAGAUGUUAACCGGGUGAAACUUUUGAAUGGUGAGUUUCGGGUGAAAUUGGUAGGGAGAGAGAGUCUGUGUAGUGCUGCGGAAUCUCUUAUUGUUUGCAUUAGAUCGGUUAGAUCUGGCUUAAAUCGAGAAUAAGCUGAGAGAAGUUCUCAUUUGGGAGUUCAUUUCUGUUCACAACGGAUUGACUUGAAAUAACUCUCGGACGAUUUGGUUUUUUCUGAUCAUACUUGUCUGUACAGUAGUAACACAUUUCAGCGAUGGCGUCGUUAGAUUCAGAUUAGACAACCAUUUUUUAAUGCCUACAACUUUACUGGCAAUUAACUUGAUGUUAUUUAUUUCCUCUGUCCGCAUUGUUGUACCAUCCAUCCUUGUGUAUCAUAUGAAAAAUCACCAUUAGUCUUCA